AUGUUAUCCAGCAGCACCAGGGCUGGAGGAAGGAACAGCUGGCUGAAACUGACUCCUGUUUCCUCCCUCUCAGCGGCUCUGACUGUGAGUCCCAGCAGCUCUCAGUUCUUUGAAGGAGCCUCUGUGUCUCUGAGCUGUGAGGAGGACGGCAGCUCUGCUGGAUGGACUGUGAGGAGGAACACCAGCGGAGGAACCAGGACCCAGUGUGGAGCAGACUGGGGGGAACUGGCUGGUUCUGCCUGUAAGAUGGACUAUCUGCACCCAACAGACAGUGGUGCUUACUGGUGUGAGUCGGGCGGGGGGGCGGCCGGUCCCAGCACCCCCCUCACUGUCUCUGGUGGACCAGUGAUCCUGCAGAGUCCUGUCCUCCCUGUGAUGGAGGGGGGGGCCUUCACUCUGAACUGUACAGCAUGGGACCCCCCCUCCAGCCCCACAGCUGCUUUAUUCUAUAAAGAUGGCUCCCUCAUCAGGACGGAGCCUACAGGUCACAUGACCCUCCGACCUGUUAGCAGGUCUGAUGAAGGAAACUAUAGCUGCUCCAUCGGGGGGGACAGGUCCCCCCCCAGCCGGGUCCGGGUCACAGAGAAACCCCCAACCACCACCCCUCCCACAUUAACCCCUCCUCCUGGAGCUCGGACUCCUCCUGGCUGGUUGGUGGCUGUUUGUGUGAGUUCUGCUGUAUUUCUGCUGGUCCUGGUUCUGGUUCUGGUUCUGUUCUGGAGACGACGUGUCCAAAGGAAACCUGAAGCCAAAGAAGAACAACCUGGAGGAGACGGGAUCAUUUACAGCGACGUUCAAAUAUCCAGCCGUCAGCCAGGAGGAAACAAACCCCGCCCACAAGGAGACCCCUCCAUCAUCUACUCGACGCUGAGUUCAGAACACAUCAGUUAUGGAGAAAUAACCUUUAAAGAGAAGAAGAACCGGACAAAGAUCAGAGUCCAUCCAGCAGAGCUGCCGUCCUCCUCACAGCUCAGAGACACAGAGGCUCCUCUGAAGAACUGA